CGCGCGCCUCCACCGCGGGGCUCCACUUCCUUACGGCGCUUCCUCCAUCCCCAUGGAGCUCGGACGCCGCUGCCGCUGCCGCUACCGCUGCUGCCCGCUGCCCUGAGCUCUGAGCCGGGCUGCCCCGGCGGAGGGCACGGGCCGGAGGUCGCGGGAGUGCGGAGGCGCGGGCUCCGGCUACGACCGAGUGCUGCUCUCCCGGGGUCACCUGGCCGGCGGCGAGGGGGGCACCAUGGCUCUGAAGGACACGGGCAGCGGAGGCAGCACCAUCCUGCCCAUUAGCGAGAUGGUGUCCUCGUCCAGCUCGCCGGGCGCUUCGGCAGCCGCCGCCCCGGGGCCCUGUGCGCUCUCGCCCUUCCCCGAGGUGGUGGAGCUGAACGUGGGAGGCCAGGUCUAUGUGACCAAGCACUCGACGCUGCUCAGCGUCCCGGACAGCACUUUGGCCAGCAUGUUCUCGCCCUCCAGUCCCCGGGGCGGCGCCAGGCGCAGGGGAGAGCUACCCAGGGACAGCCGGGCACGCUUUUUCAUCGACCGGGAUGGCUUCCUCUUCAGGUACGUGCUGGACUACCUGCGGGACAAGCAGCUGGCGCUGCCGGAACACUUCCCCGAGAAAGAGCGGCUCCUGCGUGAGGCCGAGUACUUCCAGCUCACCGACCUGGUCAAGCUGCUGUCGCCCAAGGUCACCAAGCAGAACUCGCUCAACGACGAGGGCUGCCAGAGCGACCUGGAGGACAACCUUUCGCAGGGCAGCAGCGACGCGCUUCUGCUGCGCGGGGCGGCGGCGGCUGCCGCGCCCUCGGACCCCGGAGCGCACGGCGGCGGCGGCGCGCAGGACAAGCGCUCGGGCUUCCUCACGCUGGGCUACCGGGGCUCCUACACCACCGUGCGCGACAACCAGGCGGACGCCAAGUUCCGGAGAGUGGCGCGCAUCAUGGUGUGCGGGCGCAUCGCGCUGGCCAAAGAGGUCUUUGGGGACACGCUCAACGAGAGCCGCGACCCCGACCGGCAGCCCGAGAAGUACACGUCCCGCUUCUACCUCAAGUUCACCUACUUGGAGCAGGCGUUCGACCGCCUGUCGGAGGCAGGCUUCCACAUGGUGGCGUGUAACUCCUCCGGCACGGCCGCCUUCGUCAACCAGUACCGCGACGACAAGAUCUGGAGCAGCUACACCGAGUACAUCUUCUUCCGCCCCCCUCAGAAAAUAGUGUCACCUAAACAAGAACGUGAAGACAGGAAAAAUGACAAAGUCACAGAUAAAGGAAGUGAAAGUGGAACUUCCUGCAAUGAGCUUUCCACUUCCAGCUGUGACAGCCACUCAGAGGCCAGCACUCCCCAGGACAACCCACCCAAUGCCCAGCAGGCAGCAGCCCACCAACCUAACACGUUAACAUUGGAUCGCCCCUCCAAAAAGGCACCUGUGCAAUGGAUGCCCCCGCCAGACAAACGCAGAAACAGUGAACUCUUUCAGACGCUCAUCAGCAAGUCCCGAGAAACCAAUCUUUCCAAAAAGAAAGUCUGUGAGAAGCUAACUGUGGAAGAAGAGAUGAAAAAGUGCAUUCAGGAUUUUAAAAAAAUCCACAUCCCCGAUUAUUUUCCAGAGCGCAAACGCCAAUGGCAAUCUGAACUCUUGCAGAAGUACGGUUUAUAGUAAUGAUCACAUUCCUGCGGUAUAAAGAUGAGACUCAGUGUUUACUCUUCUAUCACCACCUGGCUGAUAUCCCAAGUAUGGUCAGUGUGAUCCUUGCUGCUCUUCCUUUUUUUGUGAAAAGUGGAUGUGGGACAGUAUUUUCUUCCAUUCCUUUUGUUGUUGCUGUUUUUAGAAACAUGAUUUAAAAAAUGAAACCAGUAAAUGCUGACUCAAAAUGGUGUAUACAAUUCAAACAGUCUUUCCAAGAAUGAAGGUAAAAUGUGCAUGAGCAAGAAGCAUAGACUCUUGAUUUUUGAACUGUGGUGAACUUGACAUGUCUCUCAUUUUGUAACUCACCAAAAUCAAAUCAUCAUAUCACAUCAAUGAAAAUGACAAUAUGGAUGAAGCAACAUCAAGUAAAAUUUUAGAUGAUGGUUUUAGGACUCAAGUCCAAAACUGUUUAAAUGUUAAUGCAAUCAAACAAGUAUUAUUUCUGCAUGAGCACAAUGUUAAAAAUAAAUCACAAGAAAUAGGAAAGUCUGUUGCUUGGAAAGAAAAAAAUUACAGUAAAUAAAGCAAAAAUAAACGUUUCAGACAAAGCCUAGCAAUGUUAGUUGUCUAGGAGACUGAAUACUCUUCGUUCUGGAUUGUGAUCUGUGUGUAUGUGUAUGGUAUUUGUGUAUGUAGAGAUGGUGUAAAUAUUUCUUAUAUUGUGAUAUGGCACCAACAUUCAUCUAUUAAUGCUAGUAUGAUUAUUUCAUAAAAUGAAUCUUUUACAAAAGGCUAUGGAAUUGGUAAGAUGAUGGCCUGAAAGAUCCUAUUAUCAUGUUAAUCAAAAUAAUUGAGGGAAAUGGUAGAGAGCUUUAUGUAUUUAUUAAAAAAAAAAGAAAAAUCCUAUUAGAA